CAAAUCUGAUUCAUCGAUCCUCCUCCCAACACUUUAUUAUUGACUGCGCCUCUCCUGCUUCCAGACUCCUCUCCCUGCUACGCCUUUACCUUCAUCCAUGACCUCAGGAGAUUCUCCCAUUUCGAAAUCGUCACCUUCUCCCUGCGGUAUCCUCAUCUCCGUUACCUGAUCUCAAUCACUCACCACCGUCAUCUUCACGGUCUGUGCACUCGUCUAGACGCUAUUUUCCCGAUACAUCUCGAUACCUUUAUCACGAAGCCAUCGACCUCUUGGACACCUUCGCCCUCUUGACACGACAUCGGACACUUGAACUGGACCUCGUCGCAGCUUAGCCCACCUUCCAUGGCUUCCACGGAAGCGCCACCUCGCGCCCAUGACAGACAUGGCCGCCGGCGACCUUUCGCAGCCUGGAUGCGACGACUAGCAAACCUCAAGACGCCUCACGUCGAUCCACACGAUACCAAUGGCAGCAGUGCACGCCGUUCGAAUCUACCGACGGCCACCAAAUCGAAGAAGGGCAACAUUGCAAAGAACAACCCCUACCCUCUGUCGCGCGCCGAGCCUCAGCACAACGGCCACCUCUCCUUCUCCACGCCCCUGUCCUCUCAGCGCUCGCGACACAGUUCCAUGUCCCAAAGCAAACACUCCGUGUCCAUCUCCCACGACAGUCAAUCAGGAAACAAGUCGAGAGCCCCCACGCUGGCCACACAGGCGGAGACUGCACUAUCCGAACUUGCCCCCUCGGGUGCGGGAACGAGCGCAACGGCACCGCGCACAGAGGGUGGACGGGACAGCACAUUCUCUUCCCCUGCCCCCUCUGUUCGAAGCAUGGCCACCACGCUUACAACGGUCCAGUCGAUAGCUGCGCCUACACACAAUCAUGGCACGCAUAAUCCCCUCAGUCACACCCCUUCCCACUACAGUGGUCAACCUGCCACCGCCGUCCCGGCACACCUCGCACCCCAUGGCCAUCCGAUGACAUACCAAACCGCAACGGCGAACAAUGUCCUCACGGACGACGCGUCGAUUUUGACCCUGGCAAGUUCCUCCAAACGCCGCCGUCGCAACUCGGUCGAUACCAACGCCAGCAUGAAGGCGCUCGCGCCAGCCAGCAUGUUUGGCGGGUCACGCGAGAGUCUCCCCUUGUCCGUCCUGUCGGGCACGGUGAUUCACCCCGGCGCAGACAACGUGUCAUUACGUGAAGGCGGUGCCACGUAUCCACGAUCGACCUUGAACGCCGAGAGGGCGAGCCUGAUCAGCGCCAGUGGUGCCACGGCCCCGGUACUGGCGAGCGAGAGAAACAGUUACAUUGGUAGCAAAUACGGCGAUGCUGCCAGCGUGAGGAGUGGAUUACUUGGAGGUGGAGGGCACGGGAGAAAUGAUAGUCUCAGCGGGAGCAUCGGACAGGGCGGGUUAGGAAGAGACAAGGAGAAAGAAAGAGAUCGAGAGAGCGGCAUGGUCACGGCGCCCACGAGUCCUUUGAUUGACGGGCCAGGUACGGGAAGCCAGUACAUCAGCAGCGCCACCACGAAUGCCAUUCUAGGUGACGUCGGCGAGAAACUGGAUGAGGAAGAUCGAUGAUAUGUUCUCAUCCGUAUCUGAGCGUUGAUGAGGAGGUUGACGGCCGAGACUAUGCAUAUGCUGGGGGACGGCAACGGGGCAACGAUCAGGAUGUGUCAUGUGGAUGAGAUGGAACACGGUGACUUUUGUCGUGUAGAGAUUGACUUUCUGCCUUGGCCUCUGCAUUCUACUCGAUCCGCUGUGUCCUGUCCACACACAGGAAGAGCUCUUGGUGCCAACACUGCGAGGAUCCAUGUCUGGCUGGACACAGCGAAGUCAUGGGGCAACGGGUAUGUCUCUAUACGGCCAGGUCAACGCGCGGUGAACCAGGGUUUUCGGCGAGAGAGGGAAGAAAGGAGAGACCCCCCAUCUCUCUCUUUAGGUAUGUGUUUGCGUCGCGUCUUGCGACUCCUGCGGGAAAAGCUGCGCUACGCUUUUGUGUAUGUAUAUGUGUAUUUUUAUGAUACCCCUUAUUUUUGUUUCCAGUCGCCGUUUUCCUUUUUUUUUUCUUUGCCUCGUCUUGUCUCGAUAUUCCUUCUUUUCUACUGCU